AUGUACAAAACAAGCGCAAACUUCCAGCACGUGGGCCAGGGCGUGCUGACCCCUGACCCGCCCGCGCCGGCGGAGCGCACGCAGACCCCCGAGUGCGGGAGCCCCGCACCGCCCGCCGCCCGGCCCGGCCCGGCCCGGCCCGCGCGCAACGCCCGCCGCCAACGCUCGCAGCCGCGCGCGCCCAGGCCAGGCCCCGCCCCGCGCCGCGGUGAUUGGCCGGGCCGCGCCCUUCGCGGCUGGGGAACGCCCCCCUGCGACGGACACCCCGGCAGCCAAUGCGCCGCCGCAGCGCCUGGCGGCCCGCCCUCCCGCCCCCGCCGGGGCCGGCGCGGGGCGGGCGGUUGGAGCCUGGUAACGGUUGCCGCUACAACGCCCGCCCCCGGCGCGGCCGGCGGGAGGGCUGCUCGAGGCCGGCGGGCGGGCGGCGGGAGCCUGAGGAGGAGCGGCCGCCGCCGCCGCCACCGCCGCCGCCAUAGAGACUGUAGCCGUGGAGACUGUUACUUACCAACGGGGACCAACACGCAGCAGCCGCCGCCGCCGCCGCCGCGGGAGCCGCUGCCCGAACUCCCGGCCCGAACUCCAGCCCUGGCCCUCCCGGUCCAGUGCCCCUGGGAUCAGGAUCCCGUCCGCCUCAACUCCCCGCAGUCUGCAGCCCUGCCGCAGACAGCGCUAGGCCUGGCCUGGAGGGCCCGGCGAAACCUGGCUGGCCUGUAG